AUGACGAAUAACGUCUUACUGGACGGGUCUCUUUCCGAGAGGAGGAAAUCGAAAAUCCCAAUCGAAUUGUGGGUGAGAGGCAUCGCGUUACUCGGCGUCCUCUUAAUAGCCGUCUUAUUAGUCAUGCACGGGUCGAGAAAUCUGUCGUUGAAAGACGACGUGAUACCAAAGAUUAGUAACCCGGUAAACUUCUUCAUCUUUAACGCGGUCGUGACCUCAUUCGCGGUCAUUCCCGGAGCGGCUUCGGCGACGUGCGUUGCCGCCGGGGUGAUUUUUGGUGCUGGCUUUGGUACUAUUUUAAUUGUUUUAUCCGCGGGUACAGGCGGUGUUAUUUCCUUCUUCAUCGCGAGAUACGCGGCGAGACCGUUGAUAGAGAAGUUAUUUAUUACAGAGGGCGGUAGGUUUCAAAUUCUCGAUCAAGCGGUUGUCAGAGACUCGAGGCAAAUCGUUUUGCUCUUACGUCUCUCGCCGUUUUCGCCGUAUACUGUGAUGUCGUACUUACUCGGGUUAACCGCUGUUCCGUUUUGGCCGUACUGUUGGUGCACCUACGCUGGAAUAGUUCCGGCGAGUUUUGUGUACGUGUACUUGGGAGUGACGGGGCGUAAAGCAGCGAACGGUUCGAAAGCCUCGCACGUGGAGUUGUUGUUUUACGUGUUCGGUUUAGUCGUGACGGUGCUCGUGACGCAGAGGAUAGUAGCGAUAUACAACGAAGUUUUAGGAGCAAAAGUAGGAGGUGUAGACAUAGGACCUCAGUGUUUUAGCACGGCGAGACCGGGUGGGAUACCCGAGGAAGGAGAGGAGAUCGAGAUGGCGGAAAAAUCCAUAGGGGACGAGUUUGCGAGCGAGUUGGAUAGGAUGAAGGAGAUGGAAAACGGCGAGAUGAGCAACGGAGACGUUUUGUUAGCUCCUUUGUCACCGACUCGAAAAGGUAGCGCACCAGUCGCGGUGAUAUUAGGUAGGGGUGACUCAACGUCGUUGCGCAGUUCCGGAUUUCAUCCGAAAGGCGGCGACGCGCGAGCACGCAAAAAUGUAGAAUAG